AGAAACGACUCGGACUUACCUUUCUUCCCAUCCAUGGUCUCUCAGUUGCUAAUAUUGUAUACAAUUGCGACUUUCAGCCGAUUCCCAUGUGUCGAACUUCUCAGGCUAUCCAGGCCUUCGUUUGAUUGAUAUGAUUGAUGCGUAUCAACGUUCCUGUCAGGGCUGCUUGAGGCCAGGCCCCACAUGAAAUUGGUGCAAACGGGCCAUAACGUGCUUACAGUCCGCUUAGUGCGGUACCGUCGUCUGCGAACUAUCGAAUCCUGGUUCAAAACCCGAGAUGACAUUCAAGACAUGACCCCAGCUCAGGCGCAGAAAGUCAUCCACCUCUCGUUGUUCUACGAGACACCCACUACGAUGCACCUUGGCACUCAGGUCGCAUUGUUCAAAGUGUGGGGUAUUCCUACUAUCGCAAAGAUUCUCUUAAAGGCCGGGGAACUUAGCUCGCAAGAAUCUCUCAGCAAGCGUCUAGCUGACACUGGCAUCCUGGUCGCGACGUGGAUCACGAAUCCAAUCGUAGGUCCUGGUUCAGGUGCCGAGUCAUAUGACGCGGGAUCGUAUGAAAACGUUGAUCCCCGUGGUGCUAUUGCUGUUGCACGAGUCAACUGGUUGCAUCGAAAAUACCCAAUUAAUCAAGAUGAUUAUCGUUACAAUCUAGCCCUGUUCGUGCUGGAGCCAAUAGACUGCACUGCGCGUUUCGGCUGGCGAAGUCACAGUAUCAUUGAACAGCAGGCGUUCUACGUGUUUUGGAUGGAGAUUGGUCGACGCAUGGGUAUCGAUAUUCCUUGGGCGUCUCUGGAUGAAAUGAGGGAGUGGGCAACCGCUUACGAAGAAGAGCGUAUGGUACCGAACGAACAUUCAGUGGAAAUCGGACAAAUAGGUGUCGAGCAUUUUUCGUCAAGACUUCCCAAGGUCCUGCGUCCUGCAGGAUUGAAUCUAGUAGCGACUCUUCUGGGACCUAACACAAGACGAGCGAUGCGGCUCCCCGAUCCUCCAUCCUGGUUCUCACAUGUCCUCUUUGCAUUGUUCCGCCUUCAGAAUGUCUUCGUGCGAUACGCCUGCUUGCCGCGCCGCUCACCAGCAUUGUGGGUUAGCUCAUAUGAGCCUUCAGCCGAGGAUCUGGCUCGUUUGGUCGCUGCGGGAGAAUUACCCCGGAUUCCAGCUGUAUUCAAGCGGAGCAGUCCAUGGUAUUAUCCGGAACUGAAGGGUUUCCAAAAGAACAUUCAAGAUGUGCUCGUCUUUCUCAAGCUUCGCAAGCCGGAGUCGGUUCCUAGCAAGCGAUGGAAGAGUGAGGGGUAUCGUGUUGAGGAACUUGGACCUCUUCGGUUUGAACACCAGGGGCAUGAAGAGGUGAUCAGAAUGGCUGAGGAGAUCCAGGGUGGACCGGUCAAAGGUCCGUGGUCACUGAAUGACCGGAAAAUGGCUUCAUGAGCAAGCUCGUGCCAAUGAUACCACGUUAUAAACGACGUGCGAAUCGAUUUCAUGCACUUAUAUUCAGUCAUUGGCUGUCACCACUCAAAGGAUCCAGGAAUUCGUGUAUAACUUGAGCCAAUGCAGUUAAACCUCUAGACAAAUGGGCUAUUGAGUCGACGGCCAUCUAGAUGAAGUCGACUAUUUGACUGGCCGCACGUUCACUUGAGGUUUUUUGACUGCGUCGUCGACUAAUGAUCGACCGACGACAUUGAGAACUCAGAGUGUUGGACGAUACGACUACAUCGGCAGACUGUAUGUGUUACUUAUGCCUAGUCGACAGUCUCCGAUAUCACUCCAUGCAGACUUCUCUGACCUUGAAUCUGAAAAGACGGCCAUUAUAGUCACCUCAUGCAGUCAACUGCAGUUUCUCAGACUGCCACCUGCUGUCUACAUUAGUCAGUAGUGUAGUCGAUUAAUUUAGUCAAUACAGUCGCUACAAGGAU